AUGGAAGAAGCAAACCAGUCUGCUGUGUCUGAGUUUAUUUUUCAGGGACUUUGUAAUUCAAGGAAGCUCCAGACACUCCUCUUCUUGCCAUUUUCUAUACUUUACCUGAUGACUGUUGUGGGUAACCUCCUUGUCGUGCUAUUAAUCAUCAAUGACCACCGUCUCCAUUCCCCCAUGUACUUUCUCUUAGCCAACCUCUCAUUUGUUGAUUUCUGCCUUUCCUCAGUAACUACUCCUAAACUGACCACAGACUUUCUAAAGGAUAAUAAGACCAUUUCCUUUGGGGGCUGCAUGAGUCAGAUCCUUUGUGUUCAUUUCUUUGGAGGGGGUGAGAUGGUGCUUCUCGUGACAAUGGCCUAUGACCGUUACGUGGCCAUCUGCAAGCCACUCCAUUACUCCAGCAUCAUGAACAGACAAAAGUGCGUCUGGCUAGUUUUAAUAUCAUGGAUCAUUGGCUUUCUGCAUGCCAUGAGUCAACUGGCAAUGAUUUUGGAUCUGCCCUUCUGUGGACCCAAAGUAGUGGACAGCUUUUUCUGUGAUAUCCCUUUGGUGAUCAAACUAGCCUGCAUGGAUACUCAUACUUUGGGAACAGUGAUAAAUGCUGACAGUGGGGUUUUGGCAACAGCUUGCUUCAUUCUCUUGAUGAUCUCCUACACUUAUAUCCUAUUAACUGUCCGCCUUCACUCUAAAGAUGGAGCAUCGAAAGCACUCUCUACCUGUACUUCCCACAUCACAGUAGUGGUGCUUUUCUUUGGACCCUGCAUCUUCAUCUAUCUGUGGCCACUCAGCAUCACUUGGGUGGACAAGUUUCUUGCUGUGUUUUACACAGUAAUCACACCUCUCCUGAAUCCAGCCAUUUAUACGCUGAGAAAUCAGGAGAUUAGAAAUGCCAUGAAGAGGCUGAUAAACUAG